UCCACUUCAUCGUCAAGGACAGCAAAGCAAAAGAAAGCAACUAAGCUAGUAUCAGCAGCUCUCGCUUCUCUCAUUCUCUGUUCUUGUUCUCUUUCGAGCUUCGAGACGAACAUGUCGUUGAUCCCCAGUUUCUUCGGUGGUCGGAGGAGCAGCAUCUUCGAUCCCUUCUCUCUCGAUGUGUGGGACCCCUUCAAGGAUUUCCCUGUCCUUUCUUCUUCGCCGGAAAAUUCAGCGUUCGUGAGCACUCGCGUGGACUGGAAGGAGACUCCAGAAGCUCACGUGUUCAAGGCCGAUCUUCCAGGUCUGAAGAAGGAGGAGGUCAAGGUCGAGAUCGAAGAUGACAGGGUGCUUCAGAUAAGCGGAGAGAGGAAUGUAGAGAAAGAAGACAAGAACGACAAGUGGCACCGAGUUGAACGUAGCAGCGGGAAGUUCAUGAGGAGAUUCCGGUUGCCGGAGAAUGCGAAAAUGGAUAAGGUUAAGGCUUCCAUGGAGAAUGGGGUACUUACUGUGACUGUUCCUAAGGAAGAGGUUAAGAAGCCUGAGGUUAAGGCUAUUGAGAUCUCUGGUUAAGUAGAUGAAGAGUGAACGGUUAUGAACGAGUCUUCCUUUGUCUUAUAAUGUUGGAGCGUCAGUGUUUGUAAUAUAGUGUGGUGCUUUCUGGGAAUUUAACAACCUUGUGAUGGAUUAAAAAUGGUUUGAAGAGACGGUCGUGUGUUGUAUAAUAUGUUGCUGUUAAGUUUUCUGGGGGCUUGUCAUUUUGGAAUAAAUUGUGAGUUAAUUUU